ACAUUUAUAUAAACUUUUUUCAAUAAAAAAUGCGUUGUAAAAAAAAGAAAGACAGAGUUGGACACCAUAAACUCUGCCGUGAUUAAGGGGAAGCCAGUCUGCAUCAUGUCAUCUCAGAGGGAUCCCUCUUUGAGAAUGUCUGGUGUGGCAAAUGUCUUCAUCAAGAACCUGGACAAAUCUAUAGAUAGCGAGGCACUGGGUGACACUUUCUCUGCCUUUGGAAACAUCCUGUCCUGUAAGGUGGUUUGUGAUGAGAACGGCUCUAAGGGGUUUGGCUUUGUCUGUUUCUCUUCUCCUGAAGAGGCAGCCAACGCGAUCACCAAGAUGAACAGACGCAUAGUGGGCUCCAAACCACUGUACGUCGCCAUGGCCCAGAAAAAGGAAGACCGGAAGGCUUACUUGACUAACCAGUAUAUGCAACAUGUGGCUGGAAUGAGAGCACUCCCUGCCAAUGCCAUCUUAAAUCAGUUCCAUCCUGCAGCUGGUGGCUACUUGGUGCCCGAGAUUCCGCAGGCUGAGGGAAGACCUCCAUACUACACGCCUAACCAGUUAGCACAAAUGAGGCCUAAUCCACACUGGCAGCAAGGCAGGAGACCUCAAGGCUUCCAAGGAGUGCCAAGUGCCCUGCGGCAGUCUGGGCCUCGUACAGCUCUUCGACAUCUGGCUCCAACUGGGUCUGAGUGUCCGGACCACUUGGCUAUGGACUUUGGUGGGGCUGGUGCCACGCAGCAAGGGCUGACUGACAGCUGCCAGUCUGGAGGCAUCCCUACAGCUGUGCCAAACCUUGUGCCUGGUGCUGCAGUUGCUUCUGCUGCUGCUCCCAUGGCUGAGGCACCAUACAAGUAUGCCUCCAAUGUUAGAAGCCCGCAUCCUGCCAUCCAGCCCCUGCCGGCCCCACAGCCUGCAGUCCAUGUCCAGGGUCAGGAGCCCCUGACUGCCUCCAUGCUGGCUGCAGUGCCUCCCCAGGAGCAGAAGCAGAUGCUGGGGGUGCGACUGUACCCACUUAUCCAAACAACGCUUUCAAACAUGACUGGAAAAAUUACGGGGAUGCUGCUGGAAAUGGACAACUCUGAGCUGCUGCACAUGCUGGAGUCCCCUGAGUCCCUCCGUUUCCAGGUGGGUGAAGCUGUGGCAGUCCUGCAUGCUUAUCAUGCCAAUAAAGAAGCUGCUCAGAAGGUGGGAACUGUUGCUGCUGCUACCUCUUAGACAAGAAAAAAGAGUCAAAAGCCAAGUAACCCCUCAUGGCAUCCAGCUAAGGUCUGAAGAAAUCCUCCACACUGGAGACCCAAGUUGCAAGCAAACUCAAUAGGUCAUUUUGUGUCAGAAGUCAGUUACGAAGCACCUGGAAGUUUUCAAUUAGAAGAAUUUAUGUCUGGGUUCUGUUGUGGCCCAGAUGGUAACUUUUUUUUCUAUUGUGGUAUCUGUUUUUUUCCCCCAUCUCAGAAAUUGGUUUUGAUGUACCCAAGAUGUUAGGUUUGUCAAUAAAGGAAAUAAAAU